UAUCAACUAUCGUAUUUUGGUAACAUUGGGAGCUUGUCAAACGGAAUAUCUCCACGUAACGUGCGUGCAUUUUUAUCAGAAAACUGUCCAAAUAAUACAAUAUUAACGCCUCUGGAGCGGCAAUGAACGUGUAGAAAAUUUACCGUCAAUCUGUACUACACCUUUUAGGCGCUUUUGAACAAAAAAAUGACUAGGAUGAAGACCUUGGGGCUUCUUCUGGUCGCGCUUCUAUCUAUUAGCGGCAUUUCCGGCGUGGAUAGAAACAAUUUUAAGACCUGUGAUCAGUCAGGUUUUUGCAAACGGUUACGGGCUUUGAAGCCAGAAAAGUCACAGUACAGCCUAAAUGUAGACACGGUUAUUGUACACGGAAACGUGCUGUCCGCGGAAGUUGUCACCGUGGACACCGAAUCCGAGAAGAAGACAGUUUUGUGGCACUACGCUCUCAAGCUGUCUGCGCUCGCCGACGGCACAUUCCGUGUUGAGUUGGACGAGGCUGAUCCCCUGUACCCGAGGUACAGGACGCAGCUGGCGCUCGACGGAGAACCAAAGCCCGAUGGGUUAAAAUUAGUCUCCAACGAGCAAGGCAAGUUGACCCUGAUCAACAGCCAGGGUCAUAAGGUCAUCAUCACAUCGGAGCCUCUCAAGUUCGAGUUCCUGGACCUUGCUGGUGAUGUCGCUGUGGUGCUGAACGAGAACUCGCAGCUGUUGGUGGAGCCGCUGAGGGUCAGGCGGGAGAAGGUGGCUGAUGAUGAAGAGAAUCCCAACGCUUUGGAUGUCGAGGAUGAGACCGCGUGGAGUGAGAACUUCAAGUCCCACCACGACAGCAAGCCGCGCGGCAAUGAGGCUGUGUCGCUCGACAUCUCCUUCCCUGAUGCUGAUCAUGUUUACGGUAUCCCGGAGCACACGGACAAGUUCUCACUCCGCACCACGUCGUCGGGCGAGCCCUACCGCCUCUACAACCUGGACGUGUUCGAGUACGAGCUGGACUCGCGCAUGGCCAUCUACGGCGCCGUGCCCGUCCUCUACUCGCACGGCGCCAAGCGCAGCGCGGCCGUGUUCUGGCACAACUCGGCGGAGACGUGGGUCGACGUCGUCAACUACGCCGACGGCACCGUCGUCUCCUCGCUCGUCAACCUCGUCACCGGCGGACACAAGCGCAGGGUCGAUGCCAGGUUCAUGAGCGAGUCUGGUAUCAUCGACGCGUUCGUGAUGCUGGGCCCGUCGCCGUCGGACGUGUUCCGGCAGUACGCUACACUCACCGGACCCGCGCCGAUACCGCCUAAAUUCUCGCUGGCAUACCACCAAAGCCGUUGGAACUAUGUGGAUGAGGCUGACGUUCGCGGAGUGGACGACAACUUCGACGCACACGACAUACCGGCCGACGUCGUGUGGCUGGACAUCGAGUACACUGACAGGAAGAAGUACUUCACCUGGGAUGCGGAGAAGUUCCCCCACCCAGCGGAGAUGGUGGCCAACCUCACCGCGAAGGGUCGCAAGCUGGUCGUGAUCAUAGACCCGCACAUCAAGCGUGAGGCGGGCUACUUCCUGCACGAAGACGCGACGGACAACGGCUACUACGUCAAGGAUAAGGAUGGCAAGGAUUACGAAGGUUGGUGUUGGCCGGGAUCCUCGUCGUACCUGGACUUCUUCAACCCUGUGGUGAGCAAGUACUACGCGGAGCGUUACCGGUUCGAAAACUUCCCCGGGACCAGCAAGGACGUGCACAUUUGGAACGACAUGAACGAACCUAGCGUAUUCAACGGCCCCGAGAUCACGAUGCCCAAGGACUGUCGCCACCACAAGCCACCUCAGGACGGACAGGACGGAUUAGCUUCUUUCUGGGAACACAGACACGUGCACAACGAGUACGGCCUGUGGAACAUCCGCGCGACGCACGACGGCAUGCGCCUGCGCUCCGACCACAAGUACCGGCCCUUCAUACUCACCAGGUCCACAUUCGCCGGCACGCAGAGAUACGCGGCGGUGUGGACGGGCGACAAUGCGGCAGAGUGGGGCUUCUUGGCGGUGUCGGUGCCGAUGUGUUUAUCCCUCGCGGCGUCCGGCGUCAGCUUCUGCGGGUCUGACGUGGGUGGGUUCUUCAAGUAUCCGGAGGCUGAGCUCAUGACCAGGUGGUAUCAGGCGGGCGCGUUCCAGGCGUUCUUCCGCGCGCACUCGCACAUCGAGACCAAGCGCCGCGAGCCCUGGCUCUACGACCCCGCCACCGCCGCACUGCUCAGGGACGCCAACCGCAGGCGAUACGCACUCAUCGACUACUGGUACACAUUAUUUUACGAGCACUCCAUCGACAAACUGCCGGUGAUGAGGCCGCUGUUCCAACACUAUCCUAAAGAGGAGGAAACCUUCACCAUCGAUGAUCAAUAUUUGCUUGGCGACAAACUCCUGGUCCGUCCUGUGGUGGAGCCGGGCGUGUCGAGCGUGAAGGUGUACCUGCCGGGCGCCGACUCGCACACGCUGUGGUACGACGUGGACACGUACCAGGCACACGCGGCCGCCGGCUGGCUCAACCAGCCCGUCACUAUCUCUAAGAUCCCCGUGUAUCAGCGCGGCGGGUCGAUCGUCCCCCGCAAGGAGCGCGUGCGCCGCUCUUCCGCGCUCAUGGCCGACGACCCUUACACGCUCAUCGUCGCGCUGGACCACAACAAAACGGCGCACGGUUCGCUGUACAUCGACGACGGCGAAACUUACGAGUACCGCAACAACAAGUACAUUUACGCAAAGAUCGCGUUCGAGCCAAACGUCAUGACAUACACAUUUGUGAACGAUCAAGCCUCGUACCCAACACGAUCGUGGGUGGAGCGUAUCGUCAUCGCGGGCAUAAAAACCCCGCCGAAAACAGCCAAACUCAACCAGGGGGACAAGCAGGUCCCCCUGCAAAUGACCCUGCACAAGGGCAACGAUGUACUCGUGAUCAGGAAGCCAGGAGCAAUCAUGGCACUGUCCUGGAGCAUCGCCUUUAGCUAUUAAAUAGGUUAAUUGAGUUUGGUUUGCGUUUCUGUACUUUAUCGAGUAAUGAGAUGUAAUUUGCCACCGAUCGAUGGGUAAUUGAUCUUGCGUGUAUGUUUCUGGAGUCGAUAGUAUAUCAUUAAAAUCGAUUAUAAAUCGGGUAUUAUUGAACUGUGUAAUUUAGAUAGAUUUUUGCUACCAUGUCUAUAAUAAUUGAAAUGGUUGACCGAUUUUAUAGGUGUAUGAGUCGAUAUUUAGGUAUUAUCGACUUUCAUGAUUUAGCUAGAUGUAUUUAAUAUGAUAAUAUAUGGAGAUGCUAAACCAAACUCCAGUGAAAUGAACACUAUUUAAAUAAGGACUAUUGUAUUCAGUGUUGUCGGUGAUCCUAAUCUUAUAUAAUAGAACAGAUUUUUGCAAAGUCGGUAAACGCAUACUUAAUAAUAAUAACAUGGCAUAAUUAUUAAAUAUAUAUUUUGAUUUUGUGUAGUAAUUGUCGAUAGAUUUCAUAUUUAGUAUCGAUAAAACAUAUCAUUAUCUAAUGGAGGGAAUUCAAAAUCUGAUAAACAUCACAAUUUGAAACUUAUCGAUACUUUACAAUGCACUACACUGCCUAAAGUACUAUGUGUCGAAACGUUUAUCGACUUUGUAAACUUUUGUUUUAGGUAUAUGUGUCGUUACAUAGAACAUUGUCCUAUAAGAUAUUAGUACCUAAUUUAUGAGAUGUUAUGUGAAAUACAGUAUGUAUUGCAAUGAACACGAGUUAUCUUGUGCCCUCAAAUUGUGAAUUCCAAAUUAACUCCAUACCAAUCGGUAAGUUGACAAUAAAAGCAUGGAUAUGUUUUUUGAAAUAGAUGUUUUUGAAUUAUGAAUUGUAUUCCGAGGGAAGAAAGGUCAACGGGUAAAGCAUUAUCAUUAUCAUGUGAUAAUAAAUACAAUUUUAAUAUUAA